CCUUGGAGGUGUGAGCUAUUUCUUAAAGGUCAGCAUUAUUUUCAGACAGAGACAUCUCUCAACUUGACUUCUCUUUACUUUUCAAGGAUUAUCCAAAGAGACUUCCAAGAUGUCGUUCUGUGGCUGGGGUGGUGAGAAGUACAAAGAUCAUUUUGAUGAUGGAGUAUACGUGUGCUCCCAGUGUGGCUAUGAGCUGUUUGCCAGCACUAAGAAGUUUGAGCACAACUCUCCCUGGCCUGCCUUCACGGAGACGGUUCACCCUGACAGCGUAUCCAAGUACAACGAGUCCGCCUCUGCCCUCAAGGUCUCCUGUGGCAAGUGUGGCAACGGACUAGGCCACGAGUUUCUUAACGACGGACCUACGCAGGGCCAAUCCCGUUUCUGAAUAUUCUCGUCCUCCCUUUCCUUUAAGGGGAAAGGAGAGGGCGUGACAACCGGGGAGGGGGCAGGAGGAAGCAAGUAAACGCACGGGGACUAUUGUAUAUACUAUUAUAGGCUGAUAUAGGCUGAUAUUUUUAGCUCCAGUAAUUAUGUUUAUUUAUUGUUUUUGUUAUAUACACUGUGUUUGUGAUGCCUCUGAGCUCAUCCCUCAUGUCAGGGUGCUCACUGGCUGAGGACUGUCACUGUGUUCAGCAGAAACCUUUACGCUGUCAUAUGAUUAUAAUUAUUGUGUGUGCAAGUUGAA